AGCUGCCUAGCGCCGGCCUCCUCCCAACCGCCACCAUUUUUACCAUGUCGAGAGACCGCUUCCGGAGCCGAGGCGGCGGCGGAGGCGGCUUUCACCGGCGCGGGGGCGGCGGCGGCCGCGGAGGCCUCCCGGGGAACCACGACUUUCGUUCCCCGCCGCCGGGCAUGGGGGGCGGCCUCGGCCAGCCCCGCGGCGGCCACCACCACCUGGGCGGCGGAGGAGGCGCCGGCCUCGGCGGCCCCCCGAAGCCGGAGCCGCCCAAGCCGCCCACCUCGGCCUCCACGCCGCCUUCCUCCUCCUCCUCCUCGGCGCCCUCGUCGGUCGCCAGCGUCCAAGCCGGCUCGUCGCCUUCCGUGGGGGCGCCGGCCCAGGCCCAGGCCGCCUCGCAGCCGCCGCCCGCCGCCGUCACGGCGCCCAGCUCCUCCUCGGCCCCCGCCGCCUCUUCGGGGCUCCAGAGCGGCGGGCGAGGCGGGGACCCGCCGCAGCCGCCGCCGCAGCCUCCGACCCAAAGCCCCAGCCAGGGCGGCUUGAAGAAAGGGCCCGGACAGUCUCCUGGAGGAGGAGGAGGCGGCCCCGGCGGCCUGAAGGGAGGCCCCGGCGGACCCCAGCCAGGCGGAGGAGGAGGCCCCAAGGGCGGAGGCUCCGGGCAGCACCGCGGCGGCGGCGAGAGGCGGGGAGGCCAAGGCCCGCAUCAGCACCCGUCGCAGCAGCAGCAACAACAGCAUCAUCAUCAGCAACAACAGCAACCACAACAAGGCUCCGGAGGGGAGAAAAUGUCGGAUGCCGAGGGUUUUAAAGCCAAUUUGUCACUUUUGAGGCGGCCUGGAGAGAAGACCUACACUCAGCGUUGUCGUCUUUUUGUUGGGAAUUUGCCUGCUGAUAUCUCUGAGGAGGAGUUUAAGAGGUUAUUUGCUAAAUAUGGUGAACCUGGUGAAGUCUUCAUCAACAAGGGAAAAGGCUUUGGAUUUAUUAAACUGGAAUCCCGAGCUCUGGCUGAAAUUGCAAAAGCUGAACUUGAUGACACCCCUAUGAGAGGAAGACAGCUUCGUGUGCGUUUUGCCACACAUGCUGCUGCACUCUCCAUACGUAAUCUUUCCCCAUACGUAUCCAACGAACUUCUGGAGGAAGCGUUCUCUCAGUUUGGCCCAAUCGAAAGAGCCAUUGUAAUUGUUGAUGAUCGUGGCAGAUCAAUCGGAAAAGGGAUUGUUGAAUUUGCAUCCAAGCCCGCAGCACGGAAGGCUUUUGAACGCUGUUCUGAAGGAGUGUUUCUGUUGACAACUACUCCCAGGCCAGUUAUUGUGGAGCCACUAGAGCAACUGGAUGAUGAAGAUGGGCUUCCAGAAAAACUGGCUCAGAAGAAUCCAAUGUAUCAAAAGGAGCGGGAGACUCCUCCGCGCUUUGCACAACCUGGAAGUUUUGAGUAUGAAUAUUCUCAGCGGUGGAAGUCAUUGGAUGAAAUGGAGAAACAGCAGAGAGACCAGGUGGAGAAAAACAUGAAAGAUGCAAAGGACAAGCUAGAAAGUGAAAUGGAAGAUGCCUAUCAUGAGCAUCAGGCAAACCUCUUGCGUCAAGAUCUGAUGAGGCGACAGGAAGAAUUGAGGCGCAUGGAAGAACUUCACAAUCAAGAGAUGCAGAAACGGAAAGAAAUACAGCUGAGGCAGGAAGAAGAGCGCCGUAGGCGAGAAGAGGAAAUGAUGCUCCGCCAGCGUGAGAUGGAAGAGCAAAUGAGAAGACAGAGGGAAGAAAGUUACAGUAGAAUGGGUUAUAUGGACCCUGUAAGUCAGGAAUGGAAGAAUCCCAAUAGUCUAGUUACUCAGAGGGAGAGAGACAUGAGAAUGGGUGGCACCAGCACAAUGAACAUGGGAGAUCCCUAUGGUACAGCAGCUCAGAAAUUCCCACCUUUAGGAGGUGGCACUGGCCUCAGCUACGAAACCAGUCCCGGAGUUGGACAAGCAUCUAUGAGUGGCUCCAUGAUGGGAAGUGACAUGCGCCCUGAGCGAUUUGGGCAGGGUGGUGCAGGGCCUGUAGGUGGCCAGGGCCCUAGAGGAAUGGGGCCUGGAACUCCAGCAGCUUAUGGGAGAGGGAGAGAAGAAUAUGAAGGCCCAAACAAAAAGCCCCGAUUUUAGAUGUAACCUGUAGAUUUUCAUUCCAGUUUGUUUUGUUGGUCUUGUUUAGACACUACUUUUUUUUUAAAUUCUUGCAUUUUAGUAAGAAAGCUACGUUUUUAUGGAUGUUAGAAACUUAUGACCUAGAAUUUGUAAGUGAUCUGGGCAAGAAAAAUAAUUAUGUAAUGCAGUGUUCAAAACUUAGCUUUUUGAUGUAUAACAUCCCUACCUUGAUGGCAGUGUAUUGUGUGCCAUUUGAAUUCCCACGUGUAAACUUUUUUUACUGUGCUUAAAAUAAAUAGACUAAAUGUA